AUAUUGAUAAUUGAGAUAAUAUUAUGUACGACAGUACUUUGUCAAGACUAUCGAGUAUUGACUGAGUAAACCUAUAAAGUUUAGCAAGAAGUUUGCUUAUUGUAAAUAUUUCAGUGGGUAUAUCGCUUGUUUGAUUCAAUAUUCAUAUUCCAUAGGGCAUAGAUACUAGAUACUCGGUAGGUAGUAGGAAUUAGACACUUCAAACUUGUUUAGUUUUGCAUUGAAUUAUUAAUUUAAAAUGGCUAGUGAAGAAUACUCUGGUAAACCAUACAAAAUAAUUGAUUCAAAGCGUGAACACAAAAUUGGUAUCGUAGCAACUUCAUUAUCUGAUUUUAUGACUAAAGCUCAACAAAAACUUGAUAUAAAUGAAAAUGAACCCAUUAAAGUCGUUCUUGAAUCUGAUGGCACUGAAAUUGAUGAGGAAGACUAUUUCGACACUUUGGAAACAAAUACAUUAAUUAUGAUUUUAAAAUCUGACCAAAAAUGGAGUCCAUACGAUAUAAGCUUUAAAUUUGCAGACGAUCAAAUUGAUGGCACACAGAGCUUAAACAGUUUGAUUCGACGUCUGCAAAACGAUAUAGGUCAAAUAGCAUUCUUGAGUGGUUGCGAUCUUGAACUUUUAUCUGAUAUGGAUCCAGAAAGUUUGGUUGAUUUGGCGUUUGACAGGUCAUUUCUAGAUCAAGUUAAAGAAGCUAGUGGACGGUUUCUUUAUGAAAAACGUGAAGCUCAAGAUGCAAUAAAUUUGCUCAAACUCUACCAUGCCUCGACAAUCGGGCAAAAUUCUACCAAGAAAAGUAAAGUUUAAUACUUAAGUAAUAAAAAUAUUACAUUAUUAAAUUAAUUUUACAACCACAACACUUAGUAUGUCAGAAAUUAAAAAAAGGAAGUUAUAAAUUAUUCUAUCACUGUAAAACUAUUAUAAAUAAAUUAAAUAGUUACUUUAUAGUCAUUAAAUUAGUUUUGUUUGGUUGAUAAGCACUACAAAAAAUUUGAAAAAAAUUGAAUACAGAGAAGAGUAAUAUAUAAUGAGUAAUCUUAUUCUAUUUUGUGCAUAAUGUGUGUGUUUGAUUAGUGUUACUAUAAAAACUACCAAUGAUGAUAAUGUUUUACAGCUAAUAGAUAUUAGAUUUCAUUCAA